AUCGCCUUCAUCGCAUGUCUUCUUCUCCUGCUGCUAUUUCUCUCCUCCCAUUCAUGGCUUCCGCUCUGGUAAACAGCGUCGCCUUCUCACCAUCGCCGUCGCCGCCGCCGGCAGCGGCUAGGACGGAGACGCAUUCCUGGAUAUUAGGUCCUAGGAUCUCCUUCAGCCACGAUGCCGCUGCCGACCCUUCCGCCGCCAUGGUCCCAGCCGAUCAGGACUGCCCCGACUCCUCGGCCGAGGACUUCGAGUUCCACCUCCAAGACGACCCCGUCUCCAUGCUCCCUGCCGACGAGCUCUUCUCCGAGGGCAAGUUGGUUCCUCUCCAGCUCGCGGCUCCGCGAUCGGCGGAGGCCCGCUCGGCCGUGGAGGUCGGUUUGGCGGAUCCGCUCCCGAAGGCAGAGAUAGAUCCGUACGCGUUCUCUCCCCGUGCGCCACGGUGCUCCGCUGGCUGGCGCGAGCUUCUCGGCCUCAAGCGAGCGCGCGCGGCGAAGUCCGCCGGCGUCCAAGUGUUGCAUGGCGGACCGGUGGACGCCGCCGUUCCGAGGAGCGUUAUCCCUAGGUCCGUCAUCAAGCAUUUGCUCCUCCACCGGCAACCCAAGAACGCCUCCAUCGUCAAGUCGAUGAGUCUCCCUCUCCUCCGCGACUCGGAUCACGACUCGACGCCGGUCGCCACCCGUCUCUCCCACUCUUCUUCUUCUUCCUCCUCGGGCCCCGACCACGAGAACCUCGCCAGGCUCUCCAUCGAAUCCGACAAGCCCGGCCCCAUCCCGCCUCGGGUCCGCCUCGCGCGACGGCGCCCCGCCAUGCUGCCGUCUUCGAGAGACGCCCUAGGCCCUAAUCGGCGGACUGCCGAUCCACCAGCGCAACCGCUACGGGGAGUGUCGGUGGACAGCCCGCGGAUGAGCCCGUCGGGCAAGAUCGUGUUCCAAGGCCUGGAGCGAAGCUCGAGCAGCCCGGGGAGCUUCACUGGAGGCCCGAGGCCGCGACCGCGGGGCGUCGAUAGGUCUUAUUCCGCCAACGUCCGAGUAGCGCCGGUACUAAACGUCCUCCCCGUCGGCUCGCUCCGGGGCUCCGGCAAGACCGUCUCCGUCUUCGGGCAGAAGAAAGAUCGCUACGGCUCCGCGUCGAAACGGGCGGAAUUGGCCCGGCGCCACCGGCGUCAGGAUCGGGACCGCCAUGCUUCCCCAAAAUAACCUAGCGCACAAAAAAAUCCCCAAAAAUGAAGAAGUUUUCUUCCCAAGUUUCUGUUUGAUGUUUCCGAUCUACUCCGUACUUCUUCUCCGGCGUGCGGGGUACAUUAGCGCUCCGCCGCUCUCACGGCUUGGCUAAUCUGCGCCAGUUCAUCUUGAUCGUCAAGCCAGGCGAACGUUAGCGGUCGCCCCCCUCCCCGCCCUCCGGCGACCGGCAUACGCUAGCGCGUGAAGGAAUCGACGAAUCGAAUAUCUGCCCCGUUUGGCCUGCCCCCAGCAUUGUCUCCGCAGUCUCUCUCUCUCUCUGUACCAACCAGAUGCGCAGCUUAGCCUGUGGUCCUCCAUGACCGUACUGCUGCACAGCAUCCAUGAAAAGGAGGCCGUUUCAGAGCCUAACACAUCGCAGCAGCAGCAGCAGCACUCCCACAGAGCUCGACGGCCGGCGACGUGUUCUGACGUGCUGCCGCUCGAUCACCAGACAAAGGUUCCACUCUAUUAAAAAAACAAUUCCUGAUGCAGUUCUUCCAACAAAGACCGGAGCUUUCCGCGAGCUGGGAGUUGUAGAAAAUCAACCAUGUGAUCGUUCGUUGUACUUGGAUGAUCUUUGUCGAUUGACAGAAGGAACAAGCUCGAGGCAUGUGAGGUGGGACUGGAAGUUGUUCAGAGAUCAACAGGCCAAUCACUGAUCCAUGCAGAUGAACAUGGCUAGAUGAACAAGUUGUAUGAUGAUCUAUGGACAGAGAUGCAAUGUGAGGGCAGACACAUCUUCACAGAGAAAGCAGGGCUCUAAUAGGAGCACUAGAGGAAGAACAGAGUUCUUUGCUUCUUUUCACUCUCUGAGUUCAAUGAUGCCACAAAGUAAAUGUCUGAGUUUCAGCGUGGUUAAUCCAAAAUGUCUUCUACUAACAUUAGGAAGAUAUAUCAUGAUUUUUCUUUCUUUAAUUCUACUUUCUACCUACAAAUCAUUGGAGGAAUUCUUCAGCAGAAGCACAAUCUUCAAAAGAAGCCAAGAUCAUUGUUUCAUUUGGCUGAAUAAUUCAUGAGUUGAUAUUUAUUGAUUCAUGUAAUUAUGAUCAAACUAGUUUUUGCUACCAUUUAAUUGUAUUCUCAGGAGCACAUCUGUAAAGUGUAAAUUCGUAUAGUUACAAAAUUCAU